ACGUGCUCCCCUUCUCUUCCUUUAUCCAAAUUCCCUCACAAAAAAAAGCCGAAAGAUCCCAAAAAGUAAAAGAGAAAGUUCCCAUAUUUGAACGAGAAGUAGCUGCAGCAGUCUGUGUACUGAAAAUAGCUCUGAUUACCUCCGGCGAGAUCCUAGCUUUUCCGGUGAGUUUUACUUCCGUUCUGACUUAUCUAAGUCCACCGCCAUGAUUCUUUCACUUAUAAUACGGUCACAGAAAUGUUAGGUCCCUUUGCUAUUACACACUUCCGAUCUAAAAUAUGGCUUCGCCAGCGCAAAAAAACUCUUCCAUUCUCCAACUAGCUUCAGUUUUACCCUAAAUUCUACUGUACACUUCUGACGUGAAUGAAAGUGAGGUCUCGGAUCAAAACGGAUUGAGAAAAUUGAGACCGAAUUUGAUAAAGUGGCGAAAAUGAGUUUAGGUGCAGCGGAGGAGGAAUCGUCGAAGGAAAUCCAGUUACCAGCGGAUAUAGACUGGAAAAUGCUGGACAAAUCCAAGUUUUUCUUCCUCGGCGCCGCCUUGUUUUCAGGUGUUUCAGCUGCUCUUUACCCUGUUGUGGUGUUAAAGACUCGGCAACAGGUAGCGCAAGCUCAGCUUUCCUGCUUUAAAACUGCUUUCUCUGUAGUUAAGUACGAGGGGAUUCGCGGAUUGUAUCGCGGGUUUGGGACUUCGUUGAUGGGUACAAUACCUGCCCGAGCACUUUAUAUGGCUGCACUCGAGGUUACUAAGAGUAACGUCGGUACAGCCACAGUUAGGCUUGGCGUUCCUGAGCCUACUGCGACCGCCCUAGCCAGCGCUGCAGCUGGGCUGAGCGCGGCUGUUGCGGCCCAACUUGUUUGGACUCCGGUAGAUGUAGUAAGCCAGCGGCUCAUGGUGCAAAGCGGUUCGUGUAAAUAUCUCAAUGGGAUCGAUGCGUUUCGUAGAAUCCUCAAAACAGAUGGGCCAAAGGGACUCUACAGAGGUUUCGGGUUUUCGAUUUUGACCUAUGCGCCAUCCAAUGCGCUUUGGUGGGCAUCCUAUUCCAUUACUCAGCGGCUCGUCUGGAGUGGUUAUGGAUGCUACCUCAGCAAGAAUGGUGAAGAGAGAAGCGAGGAUGCAAUCAAGACGUUGAGGCCCAACUCGAAGACUGUUAUGGCUGUUCAGGGAGUUAGUGCAGCCAUGGCAGGCGGCAUUUCAGCUCUGAUUACAACACCAUUAGACACAAUCAAGACGAGAUUGCAGGUCCUAGAUGGCGAUGAAAAUGGGCGGAGAGGUCCAACUGUAGCGCAGACAGUCAGGAAUUUAGUAAGGGAAGGCGGGUGGAUGGCUUGUUACAGAGGAUUAGGUCCUCGAUGGGCUUCAAUGUCUAUGUCCGCAACCACAAUGAUAACUACUUACGAAUUCCUAAAACGCCUCUCGACCAAGAGUCAAGAAAGCUGGGCUCCGUGAACCCUGUGAAAAUUGAAUUAGGCUAAAGUUAUCAGUCUUCUUCCCCUGUUUCACCUUUUCUAGUUUUAGGUUUACGUUUUGAUCCAUUCUUUUUGAAUGAUCUUUUCUUUAAGAAUGAGCAUGCUGAGUUAAACAUAUAGAAGCCUAGAGCAAGAACUGAAAUAAUGAUGUUUUUAUGCAAGUUAGUUCAUGUACAUAGUAUGAAUCUGUAUAUAGUCCUAUCCCCUUUGCUUA